AUGGAGCCUCCACCUGGCACAGCGGCGGGGCAGGAGGAGCAGGAGCUGCGAGAGAGGGCCUUCUUCUCGUGGGCCGAGUUCAGUCGCUUCUUCGACGCGUGGUGCCAGCAGCGGCUGGCACUCUUCUUCGUCAAGAGCUCCAUGCACCUGGCGCGCUGCCGCUGGGCCAGCGCGCCCCCGCUCUACACGCUCAUCGACGUACUCAAGUACAGCUACGUGCGGCUGGUGUGCAAGGACGUGCGCGCGCCCAGCCGGCCCGCCGUGGGGCCCCCCCAGCCUGGCUGCCCAGCUUUCAUCAUUGUCAAGCUGAGUCCGCUGCGGGACCGCCUCGUGGUGACGGAGUGCCAGCUGACCCACUCGCACCCGGCCUGCCCGCUCGAGUUCGCCUACUACUUCCGCCCGGGCCACCUGCUGGCCAACGCCUGCCUACCUGUGCGCACCACCAACAAGAUCUCCAAGCAGUUCGUGGCCCCAGCCGAUGUGCGCCGCCUGCUCUCCUACUGCAAGGGCCGAGACCACGGCGUCCUGGACGCCCUGCACGUGCUCGAAGGGCUCUUCCGCACGGACCCCGAGGCCAAGGUGAAGCUGGUGUUCGUGGAGGACCAGGCAGUGGUGGAGACCGUGUUCUUCCUGACGUCACGCACCCGGGCGCUGCUGCGGCGCUUUCCACGCAUGCUUCUGGUGGACCGGCUGCCGGGGCUGCAGGGCGCGCUGGAUCUGCUGGCGGUGCUGUGCGUGGACGGCGCGGGCCGCGCGCGUCAGGCCGCCUGCUGCGUGGCGCGCCCGGGCACGCCGAGCCUGCUGCGCUUCGCGCUGGCCUCGUUGCUGCAGAGCGCGCCCGAUGUCAAGGGCCGCGUGCGCUGCCUGACUGCCGGGCCCGAGGUGGCGGCGCAGCUGCCCGCCGUGCGCCAGCUCCUGCCCGGCGCGCGCGUCCAGAUCUGCAGGGCGCAGGGCCUGGAGACGCUCUUCAGCAAGGCGCAGGAGCUGGGCGGCGCUGGCCGCGAGGACCCGGGCCUGUGGCCCCGCCUGUGUCGCCUGGCGGGCGCGUCGUCCCCCGCCGCCUACGCCGAGGCCCUGGCCGAGCUGCGGGCCCACGGCCCGGCCGCCUUCGUCGAUUACUUUGAGCGCAACUGGGCGCCACGCCGGGACAUGUGGGUGCGCUUCCGCGCCUUCGAAGCGGCCCGCGACCUGGACGCGUGCGCCUUGGUGCGCGGCCACCGCCGGCGUUUACUGCGCCGCCUGAGCCCCUCGCGCAGCGUAGCGCAGUGCCUGCGCGAUCUGGUGGCCAUGCAGUGGGCUGAUGCGGCUGGGGAGGCAGCGCCCGACGUUUCCGACGACGCGGGCCCUUGGCUGGAGGGGGAGCCAGGGAGGGGAGCCCAGGUGGAGAACCAGAGGUUGAAGGGCCUAGAAACCGGAGACGGGGGAGGGGCACGGAAGGAGGGGAGUUUUUGGAGAGAAGCCCAGGUGGAGAAGGAGUGGGCCCGAGGGCUGGAGACCAGAGACCGGGGAGGGGCUCAGGCGGAAAGUGAGAAGGGGAGAGGGUUGCAAGUCCGAGACUGGAGAGGGGUCCAGUUGGAAAACCAGGUGAGAGGGCUAGAGGGGAGUGUCUGGAGAGGGUCCCAGUUGGAGAAGGAGCGCUUGAGAGCUCCCGAGAUCCGAGACUGGAGGGGGGGCCCGUUGGAGGGUGAGAAAGAUUGGGGGCUGGAAGGUUAUAUCUGGAGGGGGGCACAGGUGGAGGACCAGCGGUUGAGAGGACUGGAAGGGUAUACCUGGAGGCUGGCGCAGCUGGAGGAUCGAAGGGUUAGGGUGCUGGAGACAGCAGACGGGAGGGGGACCCAGUUUGACUGCGAGAGGGCCAGGAGUCAUGAUGGGAGCUCCUGGAGGGGGCCCAAGUUGCACGACGAGCAGGUAAGUGGCCUGAAAACUAGGGACUGGAAGGGGCUGCAUUUGGAAGCCGAGAAGGAGAGGGGGCUGGAGGUCAGAAACUGGAGGGGGGUCGCUGUGGAGAAGGCCCUGGAACUGGUCCCCGAGAAUGGAGACCCCAGGGGGCCCCAGUGGGGAGAUGGGAGGCAGAGGGGGCCAGAGACUAGAGAAGGAGGAGCGAGGUUGGGUGUCAAAAGAAGAAGGGGCCUGGAGGAUGUAGUUCUGAUCCAGCUGGGGGACCCAAGGGGGGCAGGCCUGGAGAAUGGAGACGGAGGGGGUGCCCAGGCUGGCAGCCCCAAGAGCAGAGGUGGGCAGGGCAGGGAGUGUGGGGACCCAGGAGGGGGCUGUCUAGGGCUGAGGGAUGGAGUCCCGUGCAGCGCCCCAGGGGGGACCGUGUCGGAGGGUGACCCAGAGCGGGCAGCGAGAAGGAGGAGGUACCCGGCUCCUGGGGGGAGCUCGCAGGAAGGAAGUGGAGGAGAAGGCCCAAGGGAACCAAAGAGGCCGUGCUGCCCCUCAGGGGACGAGGAGGUGGACUGGGAGCCGCUGGCCAAGUUCCGAGCAGCCUGCGGGCCAGAACUGGCGGAGCUGGUGGCCGAAGAGCUGGCCUUCGCCCGGCAGCACGGGACCCGCGGUUUCCACUGGACCGGGGCUGGCUUCGCCCUGCAGGACGGCACCUCGGACUUCUUCCUGGACGGAGCGCUGACACGCUGCUCCUGCUCCAUCCACGCGGCGCGCCGCCUGCCCUGCCGCCACGUGUUCGCCGCGCGCCUCCUCACCGGGGCAGCCUUGUUCCACAUGGACCUGCUCAGGGAUUGCUGGGGGAGGGCCCCCGAGCCCUGA